CGCGCCGACCGCCCUCCUCUUCUGCUCUUCCUUCUCUCUCUUGAGACGUCAGCGGCCGUUGGGUCCUAUGUCGCGCCGGGCCCUCCGGAGGCUGAGGGGGGAACAGCGCGGCCAGGAACCCCUGGGGCCCGAAGCCCUGCGGUUCGACCUCGGUGAGGACGAUGACGCGGAAGAAGGGCCAAAACGGAAACCGGGUGGCCGGCGCCCUGGGGGCGCAGGGAAGGAGGGCGUCCGAGUCAACAACCGGUUCGAGUUGAUCCACAUUGAGGACCUGGAGGAUGAUCCCGUGGGAAACGGAGACAGGUCUGGCUGUGCCCUGGCAGACUCCAUGGCAUUGGGGAACAAAGCAAGGGCUCAACACGGAAGCACAGAGCCCAGAAGAGAUGCGGAAGUGGCCAAGGCAGUGCCUCCAGAGCAGUCUCAUGCAAGUAGCAAACUCCGAAAGAAGAAAAAGAAACAGAAAAAUAAGAAAACCGGCACAGGAGAGACUUCGGAAAAUGGACUGGAGGAUAUCGACCGCAUCUUAGAGAGGAUUGAGGACAGCAGUGGGUUAAACCGCCCAGGGCCCCCUCUCCUGAGCUCCAAGAAGCACGUCCUGUACGUGGAGCACAGACACUUGAAUCCAGACACAGAGUUGAAAAGGUAUUUUGGUGCUCGCGCAGUGCUGGGUGAACAAAGGCCACGGCAGAGACAGCGUGUGUACCCCAAGUGUACGUGGCUGACGACCCCCAAGAGCACCUGGCCCCGGUAUAGCAAACCAGGUCUGUCCAUGCGGCUGUUGGAGUCGAAGAAAGGCCUUUCCUUCUUUGCCUUUGAGCACAAUGAGGAGUACCAGCAGGCACAGCACAAGUUCCUGCUGGCCGUGGAGUCCAUGGAGCCGAACAACAUUGUGGUCCUGCUGCAGACCAGCCCCUACCACGUGGACUCCCUCCUGCAGCUCAGCGACGCCUGCCGCUUUCAGGAGGAUCAGGAGAUGGCGCGAGACCUUGUCGAGAGAGCGCUGUACAGCAUGGAGUGUGCAUUCCACCCCUUGUUCAGUCUCACCAGCGGGGCUUGCCGGCUGGACUACCGCAGACCUGAGAACAGGAGCUUCUACCUGGCCCUCUACAAGCAGAUGAGCUUCCUAGAGAAACGAGGCUGCCCACGUACUGCACUGGAGUACUGCAAGCUCAUUCUGAGCCUGGAGCCAGACGAGGACCCACUGUGCAUGCUGCUGCUGAUCGACCACUUGGCCCUGCGGGCCCGCAACUAUGAGUACUUGAUCCGCCUCUUCCAGGAGUGGGAGGCUCAUCGAAACCUGUCCCAGCUGCCAAAUUUUGCCUUCUCUGUUCCGUUGGCGUAUUUCCUGCUGAGUCAGCAAACAGAGCUCCCGGAGCACGAGCUCACCUCGGCCAGGGAAAAGGCCUCCCUCUUGAUCCAGCAGGCACUCACCAUGUUCCCUGGAGUCCUCAUGCCUUUGCUGGAGUAUUGCAGCGUGCGGCCUGAUGCCACUGUCGUGAAUCACCGCUUCUUCGGACCUGAUGCGGAAAUAAGUCAGCCGCCCGCCCUGCGCCAGCUGGUGAGCCUGUAUCUCGGGCGGUCACAUUUCCUCUGGAAAGAACCUGCCACCAUGAGCUGGCUGGAGGAGAACGUCCGUGAAGUUCUGCAGGCGGUGGACACUGGGGACCCUGCCGUGGAGAUCUGUGAGAGCAGGCGGAAGGUGCUGUACCAGCGUGCACCCCGAAACAUCCACCGCCACGUGAUCCUCUCCGAGAUCAAGGGGGCUGUUGCCGCCCUGCCCCCGGAUGUGACCACACAGUCUGUGAUGGGCUUUGACCCUCUGCCUCCCCUGGACACCAUCUCCUCCUACGCCAGACCCGAGAGGCUAAGUCCUGUCAGCCAUGGAAACACAAUCGCCCUCUUCUUCAGGUCCCUGUUGCCAAAUUACACCAUGGAGGGGGAGAGGCCAGAGGAAGGAGUUGCUGGGGGUCUGAACCGCAACCAGGGCUUGAACAGGCUGAUGCUGGCCGUGCGCGACAUGAUGGCCAACUUCCACUUCAAUGACCUGGAGGCACCGCGAGAGGACAACCCCGAGGGGGAGGGGGAGUGGGGCUGAGCUGUGUGCACGUGCUGCGCCCCACACUGUACAAUUAUGUUCCUGAUUUCUGUUCUGGUCGGAAUUGACCAGGCCUCGCAAGUAGAAAAGCUGGAUGUAUCA